CAAGCGAGAAGAGAAGAUCAGAGGACGAGAGCGAGAAAAGAAAAAAAAGAUCUAAAAAUGGGAUUUUUAGCCUCCUCCACUCCUGUCCUCCUCCUGCUCUUGCUCUCCUCUCUGUUUCUCCUCCGCCGCCUCCCCCUCGCUGUCGCCGCCGACAUCUCCCUGGGCUCCACCCUCACCCCCAGCGGCUCCUCCUCCUGGACCUCCGACAACAAGACCUUCUCCCUCGGCUUCGUCUCCGACACCGACAACCCUUCCCUUUAUCUCGCGGCCAUCACCUACUCCGGUGUGAUCCGCGUCUGGACCGCCGCCGGCGCCGACAACAACCCCGUCGCGGUUGACUCCGCCGCCUCCCUCCAGCUCCGCUCCGACGGCGACCUCCGCCUAACCAACGGCUCCGGCGCCGUCGUCUGGCAGUCCAACACCUCCAACAAAGGUGUCACCGCCGCCUCCCUCGGCGAGAACGGCGACCUCGUCCUCAAUAACGGCAGCGCCUCCGUCUGGCAAAGCUUCAGCCACCCCACCGACACAAUCGUCGAGAAUCAAAAUUUCACCAUUGGCCAGACUCUGAGGUCCGGGAUCUACACUUUUUCUCUUAAUAAUACUGGAAACCUUACCCUCACUUGGAACGACAGCGUUUUUUACUUCAAUCAGGGAUUCAAUUCAUCGUUUACUGCCAAUAAAACCCUUACUUUCCCAGUCUUGACCCUCCAGACCAAUGGAAUUGUUUCCCUCUCCGAUGAAUCCCUCUCGACUUCGGUUGUCAUAGCUUAUAGCAGCGAUUAUGGUGAGAGUGGCGUGGCGAUGCGGUUCGUGAGGUUGGAUUCUGAUGGGAAUUUGAGGGCCUACAGUGUCGACAGUGGCACCACCAGCGCCAUCGACCGGUGGUCGGCCGUGGCGGACCAGUGCGAGGUCUUCGGCUGGUGUGGCAACAUGGGAAUUUGUAGCUACAAUGAUACAUCUCCGGUCUGUGGCUGCGCGUCGGAGAAUUUUGUGUUGGUCGACCCGAAUGAUAGCCGGAAGGGGUGUAAGAGGAAGGUUGCGAUCGAAGAUUGCCCUGGGAAUUCUACCAUGCUGCAAUUGGAUCAUUCACUGUUCUUGACUUACCCGCCGGAUAUCACGACCGAGCGAUUCUUUGUGGGGAUCACGGCAUGCCGGUUGAACUGCCUUUCGGGCAGCUCUUGUGUUGCUUCCACCUCCCUUGCUGACGGGUCUGGCUAUUGCUACCUAAAGGUAUCAAAUUUUGUUAGUGGGUAUCUGUCUCAGGCUCUCCCGAGCACUUCAUUCGUCAAGGUCUGUGCUCCGGCCGUUCCGAACCAGCCGCCACCGGCUUCGGACGGUAUCCAGACGCAUUCCUCUCAAUUGAAAGGUUGGGUGGUGGCUGUUGUGGUCUUGGGCACUAUCUUGGUGUUGAUGGCUUUGGAGUGGGGGCUGUAUUGGUGCUUCUGCCGGAACAGUCCUAAGUAUGGCCCUUCGUCAGCUCAGUAUGCACUUCUUGAGUAUGCUUCCGGUGCUCCCGUGCAGUUCUCAUAUAGAGAGCUACAUCGUUCGACAAAGGGAUUCAAAGAGAAGCUUGGGGCAGGGGGUUUUGGAGCUGUUUAUAGGGGGGACCUUGCAAACCGGACCGUUGUUGCGGUGAAGCAGCUUGAGGGGAUUGAGCAAGGGGAGAAGCAGUUCCGGAUGGAGGUAGCCACCAUUAGCAGCACCCACCACUUGAAUCUGGUCAGACUGAUUGGUUUUUGUUCUGAGGGACGGCACAGGUUGCUGGUUUAUGAGUUCAUGAAAAAUGGUUCAUUGGAUUCUUUCCUCUUCUGUCGGGAGUCGUCGGGGAAGUUAAACUGGGCGACUCGCUUCAGUGUGGCCAUAGGGACUGCAAGAGGGAUCACUUACCUGCAUGAAGAGUGUCGGGAUUGCAUUGUCCACUGCGAUAUAAAGCCGGAGAACAUCCUCCUUGAUGAGAACUACAAUGCCAAGGUCUCAGAUUUUGGUCUUGCAAAGCUCAUACACCCCAAAGACCACCGGCACCGGACGCUGACCAGUGUUAGAGGGACUAGAGGAUACUUAGCUCCAGAAUGGCUUGCAAAUCUCCCGAUCACAUCAAAGUCCGAUGUUUAUAGCUACGGGAUGGUGUUGCUGGAGAUUGUGAGUGGGCGGCGGAACUUCGACGUCUCAGAAGAGACCGGCAGGAAGAAGUUUUCCAUAUGGGCGUACGAAGAGUUCGAAAACGGGAACAUCAGAAACAUCAUGGAUAAGAGCCUUGCCGAGCAGGAAGUGGACAUGGAGCAACUGGAAAGGGCAGUACAGGUGAGCUUCUGGUGCACCCAAGAGCAGCCCUCUCUGAGGCCAUCCAUGGGGAAAGUGGUGCAGAUGUUGGAAGGGAUAAUGGAGAUUGAGAGGCCUCCUGCUCCGAAGGCUACAGAUUGCUCAGUUAAUAUCACUAGUGGCACUUUAAGUGCUAGUACUAUCACUACUUUUGCUGCCUCAGGUCCUCCUACCUCUUUAUCAAGUGCAUAUCAAACUACGGGUGACACGUCAUCCAUUUCCAGGAGGAACUUGGAGAAAGCUUCCUCAUCGCUUCUUGCUUCAGAUCAAUCUGCCACAUAACUAUGUACAUCAUAGAGCCUCAAAACUUGCUUUAUGUCUGUCUACUCCAAAAACCAUAGUUCCCCAAGGACAAUCAGGAAGCAGGAUAAGAUACCACAUUUCACUUACCUAUCAUGCUGCAUUUUGAAUUAUGUAAUUAGCUGGAGAUAAUUCUCCACCUUUUCACUCUGUACUUUCAUCUGAACUAAGGUAUAGGAAGCUUAUUGAGUUGUGUGUAUUAAUAACAAGCUGGGAUUUCUGUGUUUUUUCAGAAUUCAGUUGGUGAAAAAAAAUUUUGCUGGUUGAAUGAUGAAAUGUAAGGUGUAAUACUCUAGUUUUGAUACAAGCAAUUAUGAGAAUGAGGUACUUGUCCAUC